AUGCAGUCCUCCCAACAAUGUGUCGCGUGGCCGAACGCGGAUCCUGUGUUGACACAAGAACUCUUGGACUUGUUGCAACAAGCCAUGCAGUACCAUCAGCUCAAGAAAGGUACAAAUGAAGUCACGAAGUCCGUGAGCCGAGGCACAUCCGAAAUCGUCGUUAUGGCUGCCGACACUGUUCCUCUCGCGAUAGUGAUGCAUCUUCCGUUGCUUUGCGAAGACAGACACGUCCCAUAUGUGUUUGUGCCUAAUAAGACCGCGAUUGGUCGAGCAUGCGGUUCAGCCCGGCCGGUUAUCGCGGCCACCAUUACCUCGAACGAUGCUAGUGACCUGGCUCCACAGAUCCAGUGGAUUAGGGACAAGGUGGAGCGACUUGGACUUUGA